AUGAAAGAUAACAAAGAAGCCAAAGAUGAUUAUGAUUCAAAAAUUUCAAAUCCAAUUUCAUUAGAUAUUAUAGAAAAGAAAGUAGAAAACGAUGAAUACAGCUCUUUAUUUGAUUUUAGAGAUGAUAUAAAUCUGAUGUUCGCAAAUGUUCAAAAAUAUUUUCCAGAAGAUUCAAUUGUCUAUAAAAUAUCAGAUUAUUUUCAUAACAUUAUCAAAAAAUACUUUCUUCCUUUUGAUAAAUCUAAUUGGAUAGCUGAAGUUUCUCAAAAACGAAACAAAAUUCAAAAUUUAUUAUUCAAACCUGUUAAUUCUUCUUCCCAACAAUCAGGAAUCGAUUUAACAAAGUGUAUCAUUGAGCAGGUUGUUAGUGAAGAGGUAUAUGCUCGUAUGAAAAAGAACAACAACCUUUUAUCUUCACCUGAGCAUCAAAAAAUCUUAAUAGGAUUAAUCAAUCAUUAUCAACCAGAUAUAGUUGGUACAUCUACAACAUUAAAUUUAGAUUUGACGAAGUUAAAACCUCCGACUUUACAAGCUCUUGAUCAGAAGAUGCAGGAACUGGCAAAAACGGUCUUAGACAAGCAGAAUAUUACUGAAGGUGAGCCAUCUGAAACUAAAAAAUCAGAAGAAACAAAAUGA